AUGUCGGUAUCUUGUUACCCAGCCAAAGAGUUUAGUUCAAUGCCGAAGAGAAUCAAGAUAGGCACUCCAUUGGUGUUAAGUUUUUCAGAUGAGGACAAACUUGGAACCAUACAGCCACAUGAUGAUGCUUUAGUGGUCACACUUAGAAUUGGUGGGUACGAUGUGAAAAGAGUGAUGAUUAACCAAGGCAGCGGAGUUGAAAUAAUGUAUCCCGACCUAUAUAAGGGGCUAAAUCUGAAACCUGAAAACUUAACAGCCUACAGUUCUCCUUUAGUGAGUUUUGAAGAUAAAAUGGUUGUUCCAAAAGGUCAGAUCAAAUUACGCAUGCAAACCAGCCUAGAUGUGGUAGAGGUGGACUUCAUUGUUGUAGAUGCUUUCUCUCCAUACACGGCCAUUAUGAGCAGACCCUGGCUUCAUACCCUAGGGGUUGACUCCUCCACUCUUCACCAAAAGCAAUCAGAAACUCCGGUGUUGCCCAUCAAUGGACCAGCCGACGAGGUGAAAUGUGAAGAUCUAAAGAAGGUAGUCGUUGGCGAUGAUCAGGAGAAAUUCUUUCAAGUUGGGGCUCAACUACUUUCGCAGGAGAAGGAACAACUGGUUGAAUUCCUUAGAAGAAAUGUUGAUGUGUUCGCGUGGAGCGUGUAUGAAGCCCUGGGUAUAGACCCAAGUUUUAUUUGUCAUCAUUUAAAUGUUAACCCUUCUAUCACUCCGAAGAGACAACCACCUCAGCGUCCGUCCAAAAAGCACGCCGAAACUGUCAGAAAUGAGGUAACAAAGUUCAAACAGCUAGGUAGGGGCAUCGAAGUCUAUAUUGAUGAUAUGGUUGUAAAGAGAAAGGUAGCGUCAGGGCAUGUGGAAGACCUCACAAACGUCUUUGAGGUUCUGAGGAAGCAUAAGUUGCACCUAAAUGCAUCCAAGUGUUCAUUUGGUGUCAAUUCGGGAAAGUUUUUGGGUUACAUGGUGACUCACAGGGGAAUUGAGGUAAAUCCAGAUCAGAUUAAGGCCAUUAACGGCUUGGGAGCACCUCGAAAUCCCAAGGAAGUUCCAGAAACUGACCGGGAUGACUACUACUUUGAACCGAUUUAUAUCCAGAUCAGCAAAUAG